AUGAUUCCUUUCAAGGGGAAGUUCAGCAGCAUCAAGCAGUAUAUGCGAGGCAAGCCACAUCCAUGGGGGUUCAAAGUAUGGGUGAGAGCUGGAAUCUCUGGCAUGAUGCUUGACUUUGAUGUUUACCAGGGCAGCAAGAAUGGAAUACGCGUCAAAUCUGAACUUGGAUUGUCAGGUGAUGUUGUAUUGAAGCUUGCCUCCACACUUCCAAAAGGUCAGAACUACAAGAAGGGUAGAGGAAGCUUUGACCACAGAGUGGAGGGGACACACAACAUCUGCGCUGUGAAAUGGUAUGACAACAGGGCAGUCACACUUGUGUCAUCCUUCACUGGACCAGAACCUGUGCAAGAGAUUCAGCGCUGGGACAAAGCCACCAAAACCUACAUUGACGUUGAAAGACCUUACAUUGUGGCUACCUACAACAAAUACAUGGGAGGUGUGGAUUUGUUGGACUCAUUUACAGCAAAAUACAAGUUCACCCUGAAAUCCCGCCGAUGGUACAUGUACAUCUUCUGGCACACCAUCACCCUCGCCGUGGUCAACGCCUGGCUCCUCUACAAACGGCACUGGCAGGCUCUCGCGAUGCCAAAGAAGGAGAUGCUAAACAUGAGAAAGUUCCAGGCACAGCUAGCAUCCUCUCUCAUCCUGAUGGACACAACACUCACAACUCCAAAAAGAGGACGUCCAUCAUCAGGCAGCGGGAACCCAGACGCAGCAGGGAGUCCUUUGACUGCUAGGAAGAGACCAUCCUCAGAUGAUGGGAGUCCAAAUUGUUCGUCCAAGAAAUCAUGUGCACACCCCCCACUCGAUGUGCGCAAGGACCUCACUGGACAUUUCCCCAUGAAGGUCAAGAGAGGACGCUGCAGACACUGCAGUAAAGGGUAUACGAAUACCCAUUGCAGCAAGUGCGAUGUUCGCCUCUGUUUUUCAGAGGACAGGAACUGUUUUUGGGACUAUCAUUGUAAAUAAAAAGUUCUCUUUACUGGAAUCAAUAAAAAAAAACUGUUCAUAACAACAUGACUGAGAGUAUUUUUCAAGUUAUACUGUUCUGGGAUAAAAGCAAAACCCUGCAAAUUAAUCCGUAGUCCUAUAUUGUUGUUCAGACAAUGAGUACACAUACAGGAAAUUCUGCUCCCCAUUUGGCCCAAUGUUGCAAUAUUACAACAUUUCUGUAAAAACUUACUAAAACAUAAAAUUU